UUCCUCCCCUGUCCCUGUACUACCCACCUUACUUGCCACCAUUUCUGUGCACUUAGCGUUUCGGUUUCUCUACCUUCAGCUUUCAAAGAUGAAUCCUCAACAGAACUCUGUAGAUCCCGACCACCCUCAGCUCCCCACCAUCAAGAUCCACCACCCCUCCUCUCCUCGCCACCCCCACCACCUCGCCGCCACCCCUACCCCCACUGCUGGCGCUCGCCGCAAGAUUGGCGUCGCCGUCGACCUCUCCGAUGAGAGUGCUUACGCUGUUCGCUGGGCCGUCCACCACUAUAUCCGUCCAGGGGACGCCGUCAUCCUUCUCCAUGUCAGCCCUACCUCCGUCCUUUUCGGUGCUGACUGGGGUCCACUUCCCCUCCCCAGCCCCACCCAAACCCCUACUCACUCCUCACAGCAUGACCUCAAUAAAGACAAUUUCAAUUCAUCUCAUGAAGAGCACAGUGAUGACAGUACUCAAAAACAGCGGCAGCUUGAGGAUGAUUUCGAUGCUUUUACAUCAUCGAAAGUGGCGGAUCUCGCCAAGCCGCUGAAGGAAGCACAGAUCCCCUAUAAGAUCCACAUAGUAAAGGACCAUGACAUGAAGGAGAGACUGUGUCUGGAGGUGGAGAGGUUGGGGUUGAGUGCGGUAAUCAUGGGGAGUAGAGGGUUUGGAGCAGCCAAACGAGGAAGCGAUGGGAGGUUGGGUAGCGUGAGUGAUUACUGUGUGCAUCAUUGCGUGUGUCCGGUGGUGGUGGUUAGAUAUCCAGACGACAAGGACGCUGGUGGAAAUGGUGAAGGCGAGCCCAUAGUUAAUGUUAACGUCCCUGUGGAGGAGGAAGACGAGGAGGACGCCAACCGCAAAGAUGUGUAGUCUUGAGCAUGGGAGUCUUUAGUUAACUCCACUUCAUAGCAGAUAAUGUAGCAGUCUUCAAUCAUCAGAGAUUAGGUGGGGCAUGGUAAGAGAGACGGUGUCGUUUUUGUUGGCUUACCUACAGUAUUGAAGUUUGUAGAAACGCCAUCUCUCUCUUGUGAACGGUUCCCAUGUAUGAAUCUAGAGAGAAGUUGUGAUAUUUGUGUGGUUGAUGAAUGUAAGGUUUUCAGAAUUUUUUUUUUUUCUAGGCCUUUGGAAAGGUGUUUUUACCAGGUUGUGACGUACGUCAUUUUUCUCUUUAAGAUUGCAUCUCUCCGAGUUUA